AUGAGCGACUUCACCCUCAUUAGCUCGGACAACAUCCGUUUCCGUGUCGACUCUAGCUUCAUCUUUGCCGCGAGUUCCGUCUUCCGCGACGCCAGGGAGUUGGGUGGCGACAAAGGCAAGACUGUCGACUUCACAGACAACGACAUCGAGACCGCAGACACUCUUCGUCUUUUUCUCCUCCUCGCGACCACCGGAAAGCUUCCUGCGGAAUUGAGCUGCAUCAACUUUGUCCUCGCGGCUGAGAAGAUCGCCCACCUCACAAGCUUUCUCCUGAAGUACUCGUGUGAGCCCACCAUCCAGGCGCUUAAAGGGGCCGUUUAUUUCGACUUUCUCAGCCCUCUUUUGUUGGGCGCCCGAGACGGCGUUCCUGGCAUCAUCUUGGGAUCCAUGACCGACGAUGUCGACUAUUGCAUUCAAGCCAUGGACGCGGGUAUCGUUAUCGGGACGGAGCCGGGCGACCCCAUCAUCAACUGCCGCCACAGUGAAUUCGACCUAGUGCCAUACAACUUGCCUUACAAGGUCGCCCGUUUUAUUCCCACCGACUACAUGUGGGCGCUGUCUUAUUCGUGGAAUGGAAAGCAGAAGGAUUGGCCAACCAAAUUUCGCUCUCUCAUGAGGAGGGUCAAAGACAGCCAGAAGCGCUCCUGA